GAUUAUUUUACUUUAUUCGAUCUCAUCAUUUAUUUGUCUGUAAAUACAAAUUUUUUUAUAUAAAUUCUCUUUUUUUUUAAUCUUUCUAUUUUGUUCCUCCUCUCCUUAUUCUCCACACACACACACUUUUUAUUUUUAUCUUCGUCUAUUUUCGUCUGUAUCUAUCCUUGUAAACUCUAUCCUUAAAAAUGGCUACAACCACUCUACAACACGCUAAUCCAAUUUCACUUCAUUCAGCAACGGAUGAUGAAGAUAUCGCUUUAUCAAAUUACCUAACAAAUAAUAACACUUUACAACAGUCUCCAUGGAUACAAUACGGACGAUCAAGAAAACCUAGCAACAACUGUUCAAUCCCAUUACAAAAGUCAACAUCGACUCCUAUAAGACCCAAGCCCAGUUCAUCUGAGAGACGAAAGAGUAACCUCAACAAUACUAUCCUGCCAUCACAGGAACCUUUAGCACCAAGACGGCCUUCGAUUACAUCUUCCAUCCAAUCAGGCGUAUCAGAAGUAUCAACCAGUUCAAAAGUAUCAUUUUCAAAAAGGCUUCGAAAAGUGUUUAGUAUGAGCAACAUCAAGUCUAACAACAAAGACUUGUCCUUUUUAAGAGAAAGGAACGGGUCCAAUGCAUCGGUGGCUUCAUCUGCUUCUUCUGUCAUGACAACCGAAAGCACAGCAAGUAAACUUUCUUUUAGAAGAAGAUCCAUUGCCUCUCUUACAAAUCUGUUUCAAAAGAGCUCGAUACAAGAACCCAUUAUGGAAGAAUCAAACAACAAUGAAGGCACAAAAAAGAAACCAGGAUUAAGAGUUGAUGUGAAUCAUAAACGAAAAGGCGGAAUGAAAGCCCGUAAUUACAAUAAUACUCAUAAUAAUAAUCAUCAUAAUAUAACUCCUGAUUCCCCAAAUUCAGCAGUAUCAUCACGUUCUUCAUUUUCCCGGUUACCUCCUCCUGUCAUCACAAACAACAGCAAUCAACGAUUCCCUUAUCAUCCCGAAGCACUACCUUCACCUACACCCUCUUCUUCAUCCUCGUCUAAUCGACAUCCAGAUGAAGUUUUCAAAAAGCCCAAUCCUGUUGGACUACAUUAUGGUAUCGGCUUACACUCUUCACCUAAACUGAAGCCAACUGCUUCUUCUUCUUCAAGUUCUCUUGUCUGUACAAAUCGAAGAAUUCAAUUCUGCUCUACUAUUCAGGUCCACGAAACUUUCUCGGCAAGUGAUUAUGAUCGUCGAUGUGAUGCAAACGCCACUUGCCAAAAACUCACACCAGUGAUCGCUAUGAAGAUCAAACAAGAGCUCAAUGAAUAUAAAUUGACUGAAAUGGAAGUUCAUGUCGAGAGCAGACAAUAUACUCACUUUUUCUUGUAAUACAAAUUUUCUUUUUUUCCUUUUCAAUAAAUGUGUGCAUGUUUUUGGUCUUUUUAUAUAUAUAUAUAUAUAAUUGGGUUCUUUAUCUCUCCAUUGGCCUUUAAUCUAUUGUUUGAUAAAAAGAGAGCGGGAAGGGCAUCUCUUUUGUUUGACAUAAAAGUAUAUCUGCUAUUUCUGCUUCCAAUUAGGAUCAUUUCGAGUUAAAUAAAGAAAAAAUGGCGCUAAUGUAUCAUCUCAGUUUCACACACGUUUCAUAAAAAAAAAGAGUCAUCCCACAGGUUGAUCUGUUAGUUUAAACAUAAAAGGGGAGGAAAAGGAGGGGAAGAGAAGAACACUUUCUUAUUGGGCAAAAUUUUUGCCACUUUUUUUUCUAAGCUGAGUUAAAAUGGCGAAAAAUCCAAGUCACAAAGUGACAAGCCAGGCUUAGGCCC